UGUUUCUCUCUCAAUAGAGUAACUGCUCCAGGUCACCUGAAGGGCCUGCUCUUGAGAGCGGCCAUUUUAGCACAGACCACUUUCCUCUCAGAUUACUGUCGUAUUAGGCUCACUGGUCCGGCCUCCAGCAACAAGACAAGAAAUACUAAGGAACACUUUAACUCGCUACAGUGAGCUCAAUGGAUGACUAGGCUGCCAAGACUUCCCACAUCCUUCUCUGAAUGUAAAAGGACCGAAGCAUGACAUCUGUAGAUGCUCCCUAUUCUUCCAGGGGCAGCUCAGAGGAUAGAGGGAAAAAAAGACCUCUCCUUGAUCCGUUUGAAGAUUUGGAUGAAGGUCUUCCCACUCAAAGAUCAACGAAGAUCAACGAAGGAACAAAGUACCCACACACGGCAUUUCCAGCACACAUCUCACCAAGGAUCCCAGACCAAGAGGACACUACUAGCACCAGUGAGGACUCCCCAUUUCCCAGCAGCCCAGUGGUCAACCAAUUAGAGGACCAGGAGGACGAAGAGACCCAGGACAAGAAGAAGAGAAAGUUCCUCCCACAGUCAUGGCGGGGGCUCUUCAAGAAAUGGAGAAAGGGUGAUGUUGCCGCUCAGCAAGUGGCACGAGAGAUAAUCAUCCUGCCCAAUGGAACCCGGGUCAGCCCACCAGUGACUCCCCUGCUAAACCAGAGAUUCUGGGACUCUCAGGGCUCCAUAAGGUCCCAGAAACCCCUGUUCACCGAUAGUCCCCCCAGCUAUUCUCAGGCAGAACAACUGUUUCUGGACCCCCUGGAUGGGUCAGAACUGACGAGCAUCCAUCCGGCCCAGUAUUAUGCAGAAAAGCUGGAGGUCUACCAGCUAAAAUACUCCUACAUGAAGUCUUGGCCAGGUCUGCUGAGACUUCUGGGUGGAAUUCAGCUCCUGUUUGGGGGGAUGGUGUUUGCAUGUGUCUGCGCCUACAUCCAGAAGGACAGUGAAUGGUAUAACUUGUAUGGAUUUCAGGGUCCCAGUUAUGGAUAUGGGACAUCAGGGUACUACUAUAAGGGACCCAUGACCCCGUUUGUGUUAGUAGUGGGCGGUCUGGCUUGGAUAGUGACUAUCAUCCUUCUGGUUCUGGGGUUAACCAUGUACUACCGCACCAUUCUCCUGGAUUCCCACUGGUGGCCCCUCACAGAGGCCAUCAUUAAUUUGGUCGUUUUCCUGCUCUACAUGGCGGGGGGGAUUGUCUACGUUAAUGACCUCAACCGUGGAGGGCUGUGCUACAUGACCGUCGGCUUUAACCCUUUAAUGUCUAGCCUCUGUAGGGUGGAAGGAGGACAGAUCGCUGGCACGGCCUUCAUAUUUUUCAACAUGCUCCUGUAUCUGGGCAGCUUCUUGGUGUGCUUGAAGAUGUGGCGACAUGAGACCGCACGCCUGGCGAGAGCGACACAGGAGAUGGAACUGCCUACAACUAACUACACAGACCAGUCCAAAUCCAAGAGAAUCCAGUUUGAGGAUGAGAGGGAUCAAUCUGAGAGGACAAGUCGGGGGAUCCGUUUUUCGGAAGACCCUGCCACUCUGAACAGAGCUAUUCCUACUGGUUAUGUCCCAAGGCCUCGAGUCAUUGCAGACUACAUCAUGAAGUACCCUGAGAUCCACUCACUGGAGGACAGGGAACAAUAUAAAGCUGUCUUCAAUGACCAGUAUCAGGAGUAUAAAGAGCUGCACAGUGACAUCACUGCCACCAUGAAGAAAUUCAGCGAGCUGGACGCCAUGAUGGGAAAACUACUCAGUGACAUCAUCAGCCACGAGGAGCAACAGAGGAUUUACCAAAUAGUGAAGAAGUACAAGCAGAAAAAGAAUGAUCCUGCAUUUUUGGAGAAAAUGGAACGAUAUGAAUACCUGAAAGCCAAACUGAAGCACAUCAAGAAGAGGAUCCAAGAAUUUGACCAACAGUUUGAAGAGAAAGCUGGAUUAAGGAGGGGACCAACGCUGUAGAAGCAGCUAAAUGAACCUGCAUUAGGAGCACAGAAGGACACAAAUACUUACCACUCUUCCCUUUCAAGGACACACGUCUGUUUUUGUUCAGUGGUCAAGAGAUCUGUGAGGUUUACACUGCAACUGCAUGAAAUGCUUUGACUGAUCUCUGAUCUAUUUUUGUACUCAGUACAUAAAAAUACAGAGGAACAUGUAAAUGUAUCCAUAGACAAAUGGUUAUUAUUAUUAUUAUUAUUGUUAUUAUUAUUAUAAUAAGCAGGGCUAGACAUUAUCCGGCUUGAUUUAUUCAAGAUGUAUAUGAUUAGUGACCCAUCAGUUACCCUGUCAUGUGUCUCUCUUGAUCAGAUAACUCUAAAUCAGUUAGACUUUGUAUAAGUUGGAAUCCGAAACUUAACCAAAAUCAACGUCUUUGGUCAAAAUAUCUGGUUAAUACAUCUGAAUAUAUUGUAUGUUUGGAUAAAUGUUAACACUCAAAAUGCUGGAAAUGUACCGAUAGGACAUGCCAGAAGUCUAUGUUGCUUCUCUAAAACAUCUGAAAUCAUGAACUUACCAAAGUAUCUUCUCUUUUUACAUGUAAUUGCUUCCAAUGGUCUAUGAUAUAGUAAUUGAUAAUCAUUGCACAUGAAAAAACCCAACUGAUUACAUUUUUUUUAAUUUAGCGCAUCCAAUAUAAAAAAUAAGCAUAUGCAUAAACAGGUAGCUAAACUUUACUGUUACUUUUGAGCUUCCGGAAAACAAUGCUUCUGUUGAUCCGCCUAUCUUUGUGCAAGCAAUACAGUUUAUACGUUUUUCAACAGAACUACACAAUCGCAUUUAUUACAGUGUAUACUUGUAUCAUUUCCUGAUUUGUGGGGAAAACGCUAGCCUACUGUAGGUAAAGGUUAAGGACAUAAAUAAUUUGUGCUAUUGACUGUAAUUGUGUUCAAAAUCAAGAUUAAAAUGUUUGGUCAAUUUUGUAAAGUCAAGCCUGUUGAUAUAUUUUAUUUGCCUAAAUAUGCCAUUUCGAUUGAAUAAACGUUUCAUCAGUUUAUCAAAUAGACAACA